AGUACAAAGGAAGUUCUGUGAGGCUGGAUGCCAGUUGUCAGGAGACAUGCAGAUAAUCCACUUGCUGUGCGUGUUCACUGCGCUGAUCGCUCCUGCGGCACCGAAAGAUAAGUGUUACAUGCACGAACAAUGCAAGAAUUGUAUCCGUACUGCAGGUUGCCAAUGGUGUGCAGAACCGAUUUUCAACACAGAGACUAUGAAUCGCUGCUUUGAAUCUGGUACAGUCCGGUGUGGAAGAAAUUACAUCUAUCCCAAACCAAACAAUGACAAAUACAGAACACUGCAAGAUAACAAUUUUAGCACUGAUGUGCUGUUCCGUCCACAGCGAGUUCAGCUGAAACUACAUGUUGGAGAGGAAUAUUCAUUAAAAUUAAAAUACAAACACACUCGUGAUUAUCCAGUGGACUUGUACUACCUAAUGGAUCUGUCUGCAUCCAUGGAAGAUGACAAAGACAGCCUUUCUAAACUUGGCAGUAAGUUGGCAGCAGAAAUGCAAGCACUAACAAGGGACUUUCGACUUGGCUUUGGCAGCUUUGUUGAUAAAGUUGAAAUGCCAUAUGUCAGCACAGUGCCAGAAAAACUGCAGGUGCCCUGUACUCUGAAAAGUAAACAACCAUGUGCUCCACCCUAUGGGUUCAAAAACCAUCUGAAGCUUGAUACAAACACCAGCCUGUUUUCGAUGAGAGUUAAUGAAGCUAAAGUCUCUGGAAAUCUGGAUUUUCCUGAAGGAGGUUUUGAUGCAAUAAUGCAAGCCAUAGUGUGCCAGAAACAGAUUGGCUGGCGGCAGAAAGCUCGGCAUUUGCUAGUGUUCUCAACGGAUGCAGACUUCCAUUUUGCUGGUGAUGGAAGGUUGGCUGGGCUUGUUGAGCCGAAUGAUAUGCAGUGUUAUGUCACUGAUGAUGGGAAUUAUACACAUUCUCUAGUAUUUGACUAUCCAUCAAUUUCACAGAUUAAUCAAGUGGCUAAGCAGCAUAAUAUUAACUUGAUAUUUGCUAUAACAGAUGGUGCAUCAAAAAUAUAUAAAAAUUUGGUAGGGAGCAUUGAAGGAUCCUCUUAUGGGAUCCUCUCAGGUGAUUCAUCCAACGUAGUUAAGCUUGUUCGAGAUGAGUAUCAGAAAAUUGUUGACAGCAUAGGUUUGAUUUCCACUGGUAACAAACAGUUUGUUGACGUUCGCUUCAGUUCCUCCUGUAUCAGUGACAAUUGGAAAGAAACGAGUACAUGUGAUGGGCUUCGUCCAGGAAACCAGGUUGAAUUUAUGGCAACAAUUAAGGUGCUGCAGUGUCCAGAUAAUGGGAGGAUGCUGACAUUUCAGAUAAAGCCUAGAGCAUUAGAAGACAGCAUUACAGUGGAAGUAGAAGUUGAUUGUAAUUGUUCAUGUGAGCAGCCUGGAAGUGAG